AAAUUCUUUGCUCUUAUUAUCCUUUUAAAUCUCAUUACCUUUACUACAUCUUUUCCUUAUUCUAGUUUCCAGCGUGAUUUACCAUCGGAGUUUACCCAGUGUACUGGAACAUUUCCGAAUAAAGUCACUUCAUUUUCUUUUAACCCGAACCCAAUAAUUACCGGUCAAAAUGUUACAUACACUAUUUCUGUUGAGAGCACGGUAACAGUCCAACAAGAGGCAACAUUAAAUAUUACGAUAUAUCAACAAAAACAAGUAAAGUUUAAUGCAGUUACUGAUUUUUGUAAAGGAAUGAUCGAAGCAAGUGGUUACAAAUGUCCUCUUGAACCCAGAAAUUAUACAUUCGUUUUUUCUGAGUAUUUUACUACUACUCCAAAUGACCCGAAAAACACUACAAUUGAGUUUGGUCAAAGAGCUGAAG